GCCGUGCCGCGGCCUCAGGGGCCUCCCGGGUAAGGCCGUGCCGCCGCCCGCUCCGCGCUUCCCCCCCUCGCCGCGGGAACCGCGCUCAGCCCUCACCCCGUUCAGCUGCGGGCCGCCUCCCCCCGCCCCGGCUACCGGCAUCCUUCCCUCAGUUCCCACACCCUCCUUCCCUUCUCCCGUGGCACCGCGGCGGCGCCUCUGCAGGGAUUCCCCGUCGCCUCUCGUCCCUCAGCAUCCUCCCCGCUCAGGCUUGUGACAUGGCCACAGAUGUAGCUGAGCCUGUGGUCCCUGACUGCAGAGGAGACCUAAGGAGCGGUCCCAGGUCAGAUGCCGACUAUCCUCUUCGGGUUCUCUACUGCGGAGUCUGUUCCUUGCCAACAGAGUACUGCGAGUACAUGCCUGAUGUGACUAAAUGCAGACAAUGGUUGGAAAAGAAUUUUCCAGAUGAGUUUGCAAAACUGACAGUUGAAAAUUCACCUAAGCAAGAAGCUGGGGUCGGAGAAGGCCAAGGAACUGCAGGAGAAGAAGAAGAGAAGAAGAAGCAAAAGAGAGGUGGAAGAGGUCAGAUAAAACAGAAAAAGAAGACUGUACCACAGAAAGUUACAAUAGCUAAAAUUCCCAGAGCAAAGAAAAAAUAUGUCACAAGAGUCUGUGGCCUUGCAACGUUUGAAAUUGACCUUAAGGAAGCACAAAGGUUCUUUGCUCAGAAAUUUUCCUGUGGUGCCUCAGUAACGGGAGAAGAUGAAAUCAUCAUUCAGGGAGAUUUUACAGAUGACAUCAUUGAUGUAAUCCAGGAGAAGUGGCCAGAGGUGGAUGAUGACAGCAUUGAAGAUCUUGGAGAAGUCAAGAAGUGAUAGUGAAAGACUACCUUUAUUUAAUUAUAUGCUUAUAAAUGAUGUAGCCAAAGUGAGGCUUCUAAAUCCAUUUGCUCUGCAGUGAAACUGUGGAGAACCUGUAUCCUUGGCAUUUUCACUGUUCUGUAUAGGCUGCUUGGAGGUUUUUUUUUGUUGUGAUAUUUGCCAAAGUUAAAUUGGGGUUUUAUCAUGCUUAGGCAUGAAGUAGGUUUAAAUAAAAUCACUGUUCCUCACUGAA